AUGCCUGACCUGUCUCCAUUGACUCCCGAGGCGUUGAGGAGGGAGAGUGUAUCCGGCCCUGGGCCUUCGGCCGCCGGGACCGAGCUGCCCGGGGGGUCAUCAUCGGGGGAAGAGGGGUUGUGCGAGGACCAGUCGGAAGGGGAGCUGUCCGGUUCGGAGGAGGAGGUCGUGCCCAGAACGGUGCCUACAGCGAGGGAUUCCAGACGAUCGGCUGAUGGGAUUGCUUCCACGCAGCCCGUGGGACAGGUUCCGGGAGUUGGUGCCGGAAGCAGAAGAGCGAGGGGUCCCCUGUCCGGAGUGGCUGUGGCAGAUUCCAUUGGAAUCAUCUCCACCUGGAUUAAAAAAUCGGUGAGUGCGGGUACUUGGGCGGCCUAUGAAAAAGUAUGGUUGGAAUGGAGUAGUCUGGUUAAGGAAUCAGAGGUUCACCUUUCGGGACCGGAGGUGAGGACAUUGGUGUGGUACUUUUUGUCCAGAAAUAUCGAGGCAGGAGUGUCUCAGUCGGUAUUGGAUAAGAAGUUGGCCGGCUUGGCGUUUUUAUUCAAGUGGCAGGGGUUGCCAGAUUUUACAAAGGAUUUCUGGGUGCGCCAGGCUCUGAAAGGGUACAGGAAGCAAGGGCGGCGGCUGGACACGCGCCGCCCGGUGUCUUUCGACAUUUUGAAAGGGCUUAUGGAUAUGAUGGGUACAGUGGGUUCGUCCGGUUUUGAGGUUACAUUGUUUCGCGCGGCAUUCGCGCUGGCAUUUUUUGGGGCUUUUAGGAUAGGCGAGCUGGUGAGCCCGUCGAAAAUGGUCCAAGGGGGCAUGGGGGCAUCGGACGUCGGUUGGGCCCCGGAGGGGGUCACGUUGUGGCUCAGAAGGUCCAAAACGGACCAGAGCGGCAAGGGCAGAGCGGUCCAGGUGUUCCCGAUUGAAGGAUCGGAACUUUGCCCAGUGGGGCUGGUCCGGAAAUAUCUGGACAUCCGCCCGGAGGUGGGGGGCACUUUUUUGGUACACGAAAAUGGGGCCCCGCUGUCGAGAUAUCAGUUUGUGGCGGUGUUUAGGAAGUGUCUGGGGGAAUUGGGCCUGGUUGCAAAGGAGUUCUCGGCUCAUUCAUUUAGGAUUGGGGCGGCUACGGAGGCGGCAAGGAAUGGACUGGGUGAGGACGCAAUAAAGAGGAUAGGACGGUGGGAAUCUAAGAGGUUUUGUUCAUAUGUUAGGCUGCAGCUGGUGGCAAAUUUGUGUUGAGGGAUUGGGAGCUGAUGUUGGGUUAAGGGGAAAUGAGUUUGG